AUGGAGAAGGUAAGAACAGAAGCAGCAGCAGCAGGUGUUGUUGAACCUCCCUCUAAACGGCAAGCCACGGACGUUGCGAGGACGAGACAGGAAACGGAAAGGACCAGCAGCGAGGAAAGAGGGCAGGGGGUAGGAGAAUCAGAGGCAGAUGGGAGGGCAGAGGCAGAGGAGGAAGGAACGGAGGUGACAGCUGGUUUUCCCCAUGCAGCACAGUGGCAGACUGUGGGGCGAUUCUCCUCUUUCGCCUAUUGGAACCAUGACGGAGUUCCCAAGGCUGGUGAUGGGCCUGCAAGAGCCUGUGAUUGGCUGAGGAUCGCUAAGGAGCUACAUGCACCAAUAUCUCUGGAGGAUUUAGAGAGGCAACUCUCCAAGUGA